CAUUUCUGAAGAGCAAAUCUGAAGAGAACAGCACGAAAAACUUAAGUGGCUCACGAACUUACAACUUUUGACGGCUUCAUCAUAUAGAAAACCUCACCAGACGACUAAGGACGCCGAAAAAACACCUUCGACAAACACCUGAACAGAGAGGACAACAUAUACGACAUGGAGACCGUAAGAUUUCAUGACAAUAUUAUCAUACAAACUUGUGUUACUGUCGAGACUUUCGUGAUGGUUAAGCGAUGCAUCGACAAGAAUUAAAUGUGUGCAUGGAUAUUUACAGUGUUUAUGACUUUAAUGUGACAGGCAUUAUCAAAAUUAACCGAAAAUAAGCGAACAUAGGCGUUUUUUGUGUGUUACUGUCGAGACGUUCGGAUAUCUUAAAAGUGAUGCAUUGACAUCAUAUGAAAGUCCUGCCCACCAUGUCACAGACUCUUUGUGCUUAAGAGCAGAAAAACUCAUGUUAUUGUGCGAAAUCUCUCUAAGAGAUUUUUUAAUGUCUUCUGGGCUAUUUAAAGCCGUCAGUCUGAAACUUAUUUGACAGUUUCUCUUUAUACUUACCAAUGCUAUCAGGUGAAAACUAUAAACACAAGCUAUUUUCACUCUUAUUACAGCGAAAGAGGCACAUUAAAGGAGUGAAAUGUGGUGUUAAAAUAAGGGACACCUUCAUAACUUGAAAGAAUGACAGUCAUCAUAAAAUUCAACAAAAUAAACUAAAAAGACAUAAUAGUUAGACCUAUUUAUAAGUGCUCUAAUAGGCCUAGGUAACCAAAAAAAAUCCUAUGAAUUACAUUUGAACCUAUUUAAAAAGUUACAAAAACAGACGAAAUUAAGUUAAAAGUAAUGUCUUAUGUACAGCCUUUAAAAUGAAGAGUUCGAUAAUGUUCCACUGGAAUAUGUUUUCAUGUUUUCAUGGAUCAAGUGUGUGUGUUUUUUUACCACAAUAUUUAAAAUUUCAAUUAUGGGAAAAAUUAUUCGAAAAAUUCGAAACACAAGUGUAAUCGAAACACUGUCCUUUUGUGGAAGUCAGUUUUUUAUCAAACUGAAAACAGGAUUUUAUUAUUUAAUCCUGAAAAAGUCAUUUCCCAAUAAAAUAAAAUGACUGAAAUAGACAUGCCAAAAAUAUAAAUUCUUAAUGGAGGGUGUUGCAUUGAUGUUAAUCUAUUUCUAUUGCACAAUUAACCUGCUGAUUAGAGACUAAAUUCAAAUUAAAAUGUAUUGACUGUCUCCUCUUGAUGAUACUGAUGUUACAGAUGCUUCCUUCAUGACCUUGACCACACAGUCAAAUGUAACAGCUUGUUUAAUUUAAAUGUCUGCGUUGUUUCUGUCUUCAGACCAGCCGACACUUCACAUGGACCUCGGUCCUUGUGCACAGCUUCCACUGGUCCUGCCCCAGGCCGAUCUUGAAGAGGGUCGCGGCAACACCCAUGUCCCGUUCCAAGCCUCGCUGUGUAAGUAGGAAACCACACUGACAACAUAGAUAGGCCAUUAGCAUGCCUUCAAAACAACAUACAAAACUUUUAUAGUCUGUAUGAUUUUAAUUACAGAAAUAUGUUUAUGAAUUUGUCUUUUUUAAUUUUAAGUUUCUUUAACAUUAAUUUAUUUCAAAGAUGUGAAACCUUCCCCUGGAAAAAUCAUUUCUGCAGACUUCAGAUUUGAUAAUUUGUCGGUUUUUCUGUCUCAGGUCCGAGUGGAGCAGUACAGCCUCGUCCAGAAACAGGAUAAGUCCACUCCUAGACUGUUACUGAGGAAGGUCCCACCGAUGGACGGCCCUCCACGUUUCUCCUCCCCUAAGCUCAACCAGGUAACUCACUCUCACUCCUCUUCUGUCUCUCCCUCUUUCGCUCCCUCUCCUCCUGUCUCUCAAAGAAAAAAAGAAAGAAAGAAAAAAAGAAAAAAAAAGAAAGAAAGCGAGAAAAAAAGAAAAAAGAAAAAAGGAAGAGAAAAAAAGAAAGAAAGAAAAAAGAAAGAAAAAAAGAAAAAAGAAAGAGAAAAAAAGAAAAAAGAAAGAAAGAAAAAAAGAAAGAGAGAAAAAAAGAAAAAAGAAAGAAAGAAAAAAAGACAGAAAAAAGAAAAAAAGAAAGAGAGAAAAAAGAAAAAAAGAAAGAAAAAAGAAAGAAAAAAAAGAAAGAGAGAAAAAAGAAAAAAGAAAGAAAGAAAAAACGGACCUCGGUCCUUGUGCACAGCUUCCACUGGUCCUGCCCCAGGCCGAUCUUGAAGAGGGUCGCGGCAACACCCAUGUCCCGUUCCAAGCCUCGCUUUGUAAGUAGGAAACCACACUGACAACAUAGAUAGGCCAUUAGCAUGCCUUCAAAACAACAUACAAAACUUUUAUAGUCUGUAUGAUUUUAAUUACAGAAAUAUGUUUAUGAAUUUGUCUUUUUUAAUUUUAAUUUUCUUUAACAUUAAUUUAUUUCAAAGAUGUGAAACCUUCCCCUGGAAAAAUCAUUUCUGCAGACUUCAGAUUUGAUAAUUUGUCUGUUUUUCUGUCUCAGGUCCGAGUGGAGCAGUACAGCCUCGUCCAGAACCAGGAUAAGUCCACUCCUAGGCUGUUACUGAGGAAGGUCCCACCGAUGGACGGCCCUCCACAUUUCUCCUCCCCCAAGCUCAACCAGGUAACUCACUCUCACUCCUCUUCUGUCUCUCCCUCUUUCUCUCCCUCUCCUCCUGUCUCUCAAAGAAAAAAAGAAAGAAAGAAAAAAAGAAAGAAAGAGAGAAAAAAGAAAGAAAGAAAAAAGAAAGAAAAAAAGAAAAAAGAAAGAAAGAAAAAAAGAAAGAAAGAGAGAAAAAAGAAAGAAAGAAAAAAGAAAGAAAAAAAGAAAAAAGAAAGAGAGAAAAAAAGAAAAAAGAGAAAGAAAAAAAAGAAAAAAGAAAGAAAAAAGAAGAAAAGAAAGAGAAAAAAAGAAAGAAAGAAAAAAGACAGAAAAAAGAAAAAAGAAAGAAAGAGAGAAAAAAGAAAGAAAGAAAAAAGAAAGAAAGAAAAAAAAGAAAAAAGAAAGAAAGAAAAAAGAAAAAAAAGAAAGAGAAAAAAGAAAAAAAAGAAAGAAAGAAGAAAGAGAAAAAAGAAAGAAAAAAAGAAAGCAAAAAAAGAAAAAAGAAAGAAAGAAAGAAAGAAAAAAAGACAGAAAAAAGAAAAAUGAAAGAAAGAAAAAAAGAAAGAGAGAAAAAAGAAAAAAAAGAAGAAAGAAAAAAAAGAAAGAGAGAAAAAAAGAAAAAAGAAAGAAAAAAAUAAAAAGAAAAAAGAAAGAAAGAAAAAAAAGAAAGAAAGAGAGAAAAAAGAAAGAAAGAAAAAAAAAGAAAAAGAAAGAGAGAAAAAAAGAAAAAAGAAAGAAAAAAGAAAAAAGAAAGAAAGAGAGAAAAAAGAAAGAAAGAAACAAAGAAAAAAGAAAGAAAGAAAAAAAAGAAAGAAAGAGAGAAAAAAGAAAGAAAGAAAAAACUUUGCCCUCAUAAUCAUUGUUUUUAGCCGGGGCUAUCUGGCACACUGAGCUAGAGUCUGUCUCUAUCUCUUCUUUAGAUCUUUAUGUCACAUAUAAGUCACUAACCAGUUUUCUGUCUCUCUGAGUGUCUCUGAGUCUCUUAGCUGCCACUGGACUAAUGCUGCAGACGGUCUGCUGCGGAACUGCCUGACCCCAGCUGCAUUAUCCCUGAUUGUCCACCCUGGGCCCUGAGCUCCCCCAUCUCUUUGGCUCCUCUGGCCCGUUGCUGCAGACACCCCCUGCCCCUUGGUUGCUCCUGCUGCAGACCUGCCAGACUCUAGCCGCAUCGUCUACGAUUGUCCGCCUCAGGCCCUGAGCUCCUUCUUCUCUUGGAUUCCUCUGGACUGUUAGCCGCAUCAUCUAUGAUUGUCCACCUCAAGCCCUGAGCUUCUUCUCUUGGAUUCCUCUGGACUGUUACUGUUACUGUUACUGCAGACAUGAACAUCAGCCUCACUGACAUUACUGACAUUAAUAACAUAAACUAGAGCUGACUACGAUUAGGCCUGCUAACUGUAAUCACACUCAAUUAAUUUAACAUUAAUUUGUCCAUAAUCACUCAUAUCCUGUAAACUGAACUCUUUUUUGCUUCACCAUUACAUGAGCUGUUGUUGUUGUUGCUGUUGUUUCUGCUGCCCCCUGUCUCUCUCUCACCCUUGUUCUCUACUCUUUCUCCCUCCCCCUCCUUCUCCUUACUCAUUCUCUCUCGCCUUCCCUUAUCUUGUUCUCUCUCUCUCCCCCUGUCCUCUCCCCUCUACCCUCUUCUCUCCACAUUCCUCCCCAGCCCAGCAGCGGCAUGGUGGCUGUCUAACAUGAGGCUGGUCCUGCCCAAGGUUUCUGCCUGUUAAAAGGAAGUUUUUCCUUGCCACUGCUACUCAUGUUAGUUGAGAUGGGCCAAAACCCAUAUUAGGUUGGUUCUUGAUCAUCAAACAAUGAGCGUGGUCUAGACCUGCUCUUGUUCCUUGAAAAGCGUCUUGAGAUGACAACUGUUGUGAAUUGACGCUAUAUAAAUAAAAUUUGAUUUGAUUUGAUUUGAUUUUUAUCAGAGCUUUUUCUGAGUUACAUGAAUGAUCCUGAUCCUGUGUCUUCUGCCACUCAGCAAAAACAUUAAAAGAAAGAAAAAAAAGAAA